AUGUACCCUAUCCCAACGACACCUACUCUUCUUCUAUAUGUAACCAUGAGCGAUCCCACACCUCGUAAGCAGUCAGAGGUCGAGAGAGACACUGUCGAUCAUGUCCCCGAGCAGAGAGAUGUCCAGGAGUAUGCUGUGAAGCUCCUCCAUAUGCUUGAGCAGUACAACGCGACUCUGUCCCCACCAGAUGCAGCGACACCUACAUCAUGGACAAAGCCCGAAGCAGAUCCUUGA